AAGAUAAGACGGCUAAUGGUAAGCAGGAGGGGACAGUUAUGAGGGUACUGCGUUUGAAAUUACACAUCUGUUGGAUGUUCACUUUUAUUUGUUUGGGGACCCUGCUGACCACUCUCCUCUGGUCCAUGGUCAACAACAGAGGACUCAGGAAGCGAGGGCCCAUCCACUACAUCUGGACCGCACACUUUUUUAGACAUACCCCGCUGCUUAACCAGAGCCACCGCAAAAGACGCCCGACGCGGAGGGGCGGCAGGAAGCACCGCACAUACCAGCGGCAGACAACAGGGAAGGAGUUAAAGGUCAUCAAUCUCUCCAGCAGUGAUGUGGUGUCCUACAGUCCUCCUCGCCACAAGAAAAGCCACCCUCCGCCCACUAAACUCUGUGAAGGUUGCAAAGAGAUCCUUGACAAAGUGAAAGAGCUUUAUUCUACAACCUGGGAGAAGCACGAGUACAAUUACCAAAAAAUCAGAUUACAGCUGAGCUCUGAGUGCAAUGGUUUUGACAAGGCCAUCAUUACUCAGGCCAACACUCCAGUGGGAUCCAAGAUUGUGUACGACGGGGAAAAGAAGAGAUCCCUCAAUGUGACGUCAAAGAUUUUUAGCACCUUCGCAAAGGAGCAUCCUUUUCAAAAUAAAACACGGGACACGUGUGCUGUUGUUGGGAAUGGAGGGAUCCUGACCAACAGCAGCUGCGGAAAGAUGAUCGAUUCAGCUCAGUUUGUUAUCAGGUGCAACCUACCUCCUUUGGAAAAUGGCUAUGAGGAAGAUGUGGGCAUCAAGACUGACCUUGUGACAGCAAACCCAAGCAUCUUUCUAUUCAAGUAUCAUUCUCUAUUGGAACGCCACCGUCCUUUUGUGGACAGCCUGCAUAGCUACGGCAACUCCCUGCUGCUUUGUCCCGCCUUCUCCUAUGGCUUUAACACUAAUGUGUGCCAGCGGGCUGCCUACAGUGUUGAAGACUUUGAAAUCCCCAUGCGGCCCGUCUAUUUAAAUCCCGACUACCUCCUGAGUCUGGUCCGAUUCUGGCGCUCCCAAGGCCUAAAAGAAAAUCGACACAGCACCGGCCUCAUGAUGGUUAGCCUGGCACUGGAACUCUGUACCAAUGUGCAUCUGUAUGGGUUCUGGCCCUACGGUAAUCAUCCACAUGGACUCUACGCCCUGACUAACCACUACUAUGAUGACGUGGCACCUAAAAAAGGAGUCCACACCAUGUCGAGUGAGUUUGAGCUCUUGUUGCGGCUGCACAAUCAGGGGAUUCUCAGGCUUCACCUGGAAGAUUGUUCAUCAGAUUAAAGUUCACCAAUGUUCCAGCUGGAGGCCGGAGAGAGUUAAUUUAUCUUAUUUUUGAUUUAAAUUAUGAUCUUUUUUGAGGACCCUGUGGGGGUUUAUAUUGCAGUACCUUAUACAGUGCCCUCCAAAAGUAUUGGAACAGUGAGUCCAAUUCCUUUACUUUUGUUGUAGACUGAAAACAUUUGGGUUUGACAUCAA